UGCGUCUGCUUUGGCGGCUCUGCGCAAAAUGGCAGACGCGGAGACCGACAGUCGCCGAUCCGUUGAUGACCGCUGCGACGUUAAGCCAGCAGCAAUACCGGAUGACGGUGCCGAAGGCGUCCCGCUGCAAACCGAGUGGACCUUCUGGCUCGACAAAAUAGAGGGGCGAGGUAUCUCAGCUGCAGAGUACACGGCCAGUCUCAAGAAAAUCUACACUGUGAACACUGUGCAGGGUUUCUGGGCAGUGCUGCACCACAUUCCAGAUGUGUGUGAGCUCGGCAUGCGACACACGUACCACCUGAUGCGGGGACAGCGGCGGCCCCUUUGGGAGGACCCGGAAAACCAGCGUGGGGGCACCUGGCGCAUCCGAUGCCACAAGAAGCACACGCCAGUGGUAUGGAAGGAGCUUAUAUUGGCUGCCAUCGGAGAACAGUUCGCAGAAGAUGUGCGGCCAGGAGACGACAUAUGCGGGGUGUCUGUGUGUGUAAGAGAGAAGGAUGACAUAGUGCAACUGUGGAAUGCUGACGCACGUCUCAGCGAAGGUGCUACGGUGCUGGCCCGUGUUCACGCCCUCCUGCCCCAAGGCGUCAAUCCAAUUGGCGAGUUCUACAAACCUCACCAGUCCAGGUUGGCAUUUGAAGGGGGUCACAAGAAGAUGUCCCGCUAGUCAGUAGAGCAGCUACAAUCCACAGGGUCCCAUUGGUCAUGCCAAGUGCCCAUGGCUCACCAGUUUGGAAGACUGAGCAUGGCAGCCAGCGACCUUGUUUCUUUUUCGUAUCCACCUCUGUAUAUGUUCUUUAUUGACUAUCUUUGCUAGCUGAUGUUAUCGCCUGUAAUUAGGUGAAAUAAUGGGACUUCCAAUUCUUUGAGUCUAGGUGUUGUCACCAAAACUGGUGCUUCAUCAUUCACGAUGACCGAAGAACAAAGAUAUUGGCUGUGCUAUUUGUUAUGCACCAUGCUUUUCCUUUUUUCUUAGUUUUUAAAAACUGCAAGUUCCAAGAUAUUUCAGUGAAUGGCUUCUUGUUUAGCCACAAGUGAUAUAGAAGGUCAUAUCACCGGCACGUCCUGAAGGGCUAAGGCCUGAAUAAAAGGCAUGGCACUAUGAUUAUUGUUUACCAUGGGCUUCAUUGCAGUGGUUUUGUACUUAUGUAAAUGUGUUGCUCUCUUAGGGCUACAGUUGAAUUUUCUUAAUGCUUCUUUUUAUCCGUGGGAUGUUGCUUUACAUUUGGAAGCUCAAGCACUGGAUUUGGCACAAUGUUGUUUCUGAAUUGGGUAUUUUAUAGGAGGUUGGUAGCAGGAUUGGUGCAUCUUACUGUGGUGGUUGGACAGCCUUCUCAUCAUUUGAGAGCCUUCAUGGGAAAGUGAACAUUACCAUUGUGAUAGAAAAGGCACAAGUAGCCUUGGUGAUUAUGUCAUUCGAGUUAGAGCUGGAAUUGAAUGUUUCAUUGACUUUGUGAAGGAUCUUAUUGAUGGCUGAUUUAAUAUAAUUUCACUGAAGCAGUGUGUUGAGCCAAAUUGAUUAGCGUAAGCACGAGUCAUUUUUAAUAAGACAUGCUUUAGCAACUGACGCAGUGAUGUGCCACAAAAAUUAAUUUGAAUGUCUUUGUCUUGAAGCACCUUGCAUGCAGGUAUCACACACUGGUGUACUUGUGAAGUAUAUCUUUAGUUGCAAAUCUUUGAUGAUGUCAACAGUAUGUUGUUCGUAUGCAUACUGCCUUGUCACUCAGCUCUUUCUUUCGAUCUCGUUGAAUAGCAGCUUGGUGAGGCAGUUUACGAACAUUUAGCAGCCACACAAAUGUCCAUUCAGGAAGCUCCAGAAUCAGUGAUAUGAUCAAUGCUUCAUCUGUUGAGGAAUCUUGUUAGCAUGACAAUCUCUUUUAUUUUAGCAACAGCAUUAAGCAGUUUCAAAAACAGUGAUCGCGGUUUUAAUUUUACAGAAUGCAACAUGCCUUCUGCUUUUUACUUUGCUGACAAAAGGGAGGGGAAAACAAGGGUCACUUAAAUGAGAAGCACCUAAGAUGUCACACUGCUCACGUGUCUGGCAACUUGUGUUAGCUUAUGCCAAGUGCUUGUUUUUUUCUUUUUUCCUGGUGAAUAAUUACAAAUAUUUGUUACUCUAUGCACAGCUUAGGCUGUAGCUGUGCCUGAUGAGUGUGUGCUUUCGGGCAUUUGGGACGACUUCCACCACCAAAGUGACACUUGAGCCAUGCAGGAGGUGACCCACAAAAAUAAUAUCCUCAUGAGCAAUUGCUUUUAGCUGACCAUAAUGCCAUGAAUUAGUGCCGUGCAGUUUGCACUUUGGCACUAAUUUGCAUGCGUUAAGCAUCUGCAGUCUUUGACUCUCUAUGCAGGUAAAAUUCCAACUGUGCAUUGUCUUGCCACCUGUAGUGCCUUGAAUAAAACCGAGAAAGUCUGUUAAUUCAGGAAGAAAGAUUUUAUGAAAGGAUACAGUGUAUCUUUAGGUCAUUGUCUGUUACUGCCUUGAAUUAUCAUGAUAACCAACUGGCUCUGCGAAAUGGCUGGAAAUUUUUGCAAGCUGCAAGUUCUUAGGCAAUUGUGCACUAACUCAAAUGUAAUUAUUGGACAUUGUCGAUACCUCUUCUUUUGCUACAAAUUGUGGUGAUUAUUGUAGUAAACAAGAUCUACUGUUGAAUUCGAGGGAGACAAGCUGCUGAUUCGACUACAUUUGGCCAUCUCCAUCUUAGUUCCCCUUCAGAAAAAGCAGACUGGCUUACCUUGCUUUGCUGGUGUCACUGACUACAGGAAGGCCGUCUGCUCUGCAUUAUAAAUCAAGCUUCUUUAGCUGAUGACUUUAACAUUUUCCUUCCCUUUAUAAAAUAGUCUUCUGAAAUUUACUAUAAACCUGCAAUAAAGAUUGUGAUAAGCCAGUAUCAACUUUAGCUAACUUUAAUUAUGGCUAGCUGCAAGCUGGUUAUAGUACCUGUGUGACCUAAGCUGAAGUCAUGGACUUAUUUGUGACUGCUAGAAAUUGGCCUUUGAAGGUGCUGUAGUUGCAAAACUGUUGUAUUCUUUUCAGCCCUCUUUUGCUGUGCGACAACCUUCUGAUCGUAGCCACUGGAGUAGAUUUUUUGUUCUCUGAAGCAUGUGUAAGAUGUGCUGACGAGUGUUUCAUCAGCCAUAUAUAUAUCGGAGAGUACAAAGUAUGCAAGAGAUUCAAGUGAUGCUCAUGGCUUCCUAAAGUGUUUGACUGAACAUUGUGUUUGUAUAUAGACAAGCAUGUUCCUCCAAUGCUACUGUAAUGCAUAUUUCCUGGCCCACGAGUUUUGGGCAUGUAUAUUCUUGCAAAUUCUGUACAGACUUAAAUACAUCAUUAUGAAAGUUAACUAGAAAUGUUACGCUGACGGCAGUAAGUGACAGUAUUUUCUUUGGAAGUGUUUUUCGUCAGGAUAGAAACGAAUAAAUGAUGUUCUAAAAAAAUACAUUUGUUAUUCCUUUGGGGGAAUAAAUAGAACUAAAGGUUCGCAGUGUGAUAAUCAUCAGAUCGUAGGGAAAAUUCUGAAAGUGUUCAUUCAAUUUUACGGCAUAUAAUUAAAGAAAAUUGUAUGUGCCAUUGGUAAUUUACAAAUAAUUUUUAUUUGCUUAUUUCUAUUGCUAUUUGUUAUUUGAUUAUUUCUGUUGAUUAAAAUCAUGCUUUUACUGUA